CGAGUGACGACGUCGUUGACGACCCUGUGCCCGAUGCGCGCCCAGCAGCCUUGGUCCGCCUCAUUUCAUCAUGACCGUUCCAGUCAAGUACCUUGCGAUGGCUUUGCUGGCCGCAACAGCAUUCGCGUUUCCCGGGCCCGUGCUGCGACCGCGUCCACUCGUGCUAUGGCACGGUCUCGGCGACUCGCACUCUUCUCCGGGAAUGCUCGAGUUCAUUGAGCUGAUCAAAGAGACGCAUCCGGGCAUAUUUAUUCAUUCUGUGUAUAUUGAGAAGGAUCUCGAAGCGGAUAGAAAGGCUGGGUGGUUCGGGAACGUGGACGAGCAGCUGGCGUUUGUAGCUGAAGAGCUCGCUGAGAUCCCAGAACUGCAGGGUGGUUUUGACGGCUUGGGAUUCUCGCAGGGCGGGCAGUUCCUUCGCGCCUAUGUUGAACGUUACAACUCGCCCCGUAUCCACAACCUCUUGACUUUCGGAUCACAACAUAUGGGAGUCUCUGACCUCCCAUUAUGCCGGCCAGGCGACUGGACAUGCCAGCUGGCCGGAAGGAUGGCACGAAGAGGAGUCUACACGAAAUGGGCGCAACAUAACCUUGUUCAGGCCCAAUACUUCCGCGACCCCACGCGCAUGUCAGAGUAUCUUGCCGCAGGAUCUUUCCUUGCCGACAUCAACAAUGAAGUAAAGGAUCCGGCGGCCCGCAACGGGACGUAUAAGGAGAACCUGACCAGUCUCGACAAUCUGGUUUUGAUACUGUUCAGUCAGGAUCGGACGGUGGUUCCGAAGGAGAGCUCGUGGUUCGGGAGCGAGGCACCUACCGAGGAUGAGGAGGAGCUGGCACAAAUGCCGACGCCUGACGCGGACGGAGAGCUCGUGGCCCUGGUGGCGCCGGAGAUGGGCGACGGGCGGCAAUCAGCGCUUUCGGGCGUGUCAAUGGUGCACGUGGCGCCUGCGGGCUCGGCCUUGGACAUAACUUCCUCCGAGAAGGACGAAUCUGAGGAAGAUGUCGCGUCGAUCGGUCAACGAUGGCCGGGGAGUGAACCACCCACGACGAUUGUUCCCAUGCGCCUGCAACCGUUGUACGUCCAGGACUGGAUUGGAUUGAGGACGCUGGACGAGCGGGGGAGUGUCCAUCUGGAGACGUGCGAGGGGGAACACAUGGAGGUGACCCAGGAAUGCUGGGAGCCUCUUGUGAAGAAAUACGUCGGCAAACUCGUCGUACCUCCUGCUUCUACACUACUUGUAGAGCCACGAUGACUGGCUUGACAUCGCGAUGUCGCUACUUACAUACGGCCUUACGGGCAUAAUUCCC